UACUUGGAAAGGGAAGAAAAGGUCUCUUUGUUGGCGCGGGCGCUCAUUCAUCCACCAGCUCACAGCAAAAGGAAUAACUCACAGUCCGCCCGUACAAUUUAGCCACAUUCUGCUUUUUUAAAUUUUUUAAAUUUAUUUACGCUUCCAAAGCACCAACUUUAAGGACCAAACAAUGUAACACAGGGAUUUGGGGGGGUGAUGAAAUCUAUCUUUUGCGCUCUCACAGUGGAAAUAUCUGGGAGCGCGCGGACGUCCUCGGAAUUAACUCCACCGUGUUUCCGCUGCUGCAACUUCUCACCGGGGAGCGGCUGGAGGCGCGGGUGCUGGAGAAUCAUCUGCCAAAUUUAAGUUGAGUCAAAACAAGUUGGAAAGCGAAGCGAAUGAUUUGACUUUGUCGGAUUUUGUUUGCGCCCUGCAAAAUUAGUGGCAUAUUUUUUUUCCUCAAAAGCGCAUCAUUUAGUUCUUAUAGCAAAAUCAGGCGAGUGUCUUUAUAGAGAACGUCAUAAAAGAACUUAUUUCUUUUGUGUGUUGCUUCCUGAUGGGGUUUAAAUGAUCUGUUUCAACAAUCCGAGACAUCUGCGCGACUUUUUCCCGUCUGUAGCUUGAUAUUUGUCCUCCUCCCAGUCCGGAGAGAAUGAGGUGUCGCUGGGUGAAGCAUGAGCUGUCAGAGGAUCAGUCAUAAGCGGCUGUCUCUGCUGUGGGAGGGGGUGGCUCUCAGCCUCUGGCUCUGCUGCUGCGGCUGGACCUUCCAGGCUGGGGCCGCAGUAGCCGGACAGGGCGACGGCGCCCCCGCGUCCCUGGAGUGGCUGCUGUCGGAUAAAGGGCCCUUCCACCAGUCGCUGGAGUUUACGGAGGCUCUGGAGAGGUACCAGCAGGGCUUCAACACCCGAUACAAGAUCUAUAGGGAGUUUGGUCGAUGGAAGGUCAACAGUCUGGCGGUGGAGAAGCGAGACAGUUUUGGUGGCAGCAGCGGUUUGGCUCUACCCCUCGACCCUGACUUCAUGCACACUAUCCGCCAGCUGGGGAGGCGGCCAACCCUCCAGAUGAUUACAGAAAGUCUAAUCAAGAAAUAUGGCACCCACCUUCUUCUUUCUGCCACUCUGGGAGGGGAGGAAUCUCUGACAAUAUUUGUGGACAAAAGGAAGCUGAGCCUGGAGUCUUCGCCCACGGGGGCCGAUGGCAGCAGCAGGAAGUCUAACACUACGGGCGCAGUGACUCUGGAAGCCCUCCACCAGCUGGCUGCUUCCUAUUUUACAGACCGAGAGGGCACCCUGCGCAGGCUUCACCACCUCCAGAUUGCAUCCACUGCCAUUCGGGUGACUGAAACCAGAACAGGGCCUCUCGGGUGCAGCAACUAUGACAAUCUGGACACAGUCAGCUCUGUUUUGGUUCACAGUCCAGAAAACAAGGUUCAACUACAAGGGCUGCAAGCCAUCCUACCUGACUAUCUACAAAGCCGCUUCAUUCAGGCAGCACUCGACUAUAUUGGCUGUAAAUCUGAGGGCCAGUUUGUUUGCCAGGACAAUGACUGCUGGUGUGAGUGCAGCGUGGACUUCCCGCAGUGUAACUGUCCUCACUCUGACCUGGACACCUUGGAAAACAUCCUGCUGCACAUCAGAGACGCCUGGAGGCUGACCAACCAGGAGUUUGAGGAAUCCGAGGAGUUCCAAAGCUUUGUUGGGAAACUGCCAAGCCAUUACGCUGUGAACACAUCUGUUGUGGAGAACUUGUGGAGGAUGGAUGCUAGCCUGCUGCAGCGCUACAGGCAGCUGGAGACCAGCAGCAGCCAGCUUCUUACCAAAGCUCGCCGCACAACUAACAAGAUCUUCAGCCUGAGCAAGAGGUGCCGCAAACAGCCCAAAAUAGCCCUGCCGAGGCCGAGGCCCCUGCACUUCUGGCUGAGCUACGCUCUCUCCAUGUUGUACUGCAGCGAGAACAAGCAGGUUGGUGUUUACAGUGAUAAAAGCCGCAGCUGCAGCUGCCCCUACAACCACCCGCCUUGCCAGGGCCUCAUCCCCUGCUCUGCAGGCGACGGUCCCCGCUGUGCCUCCUGUUCCGCCGAGAACCGGACUCGAUGCUCCAGCUGUAACCCAGGCUUUACCCUAACCCAGGGAGCCUGCCGUCCCGCCGUGCCCGACCCAACAGACCCCUACCUCGGCAUAGAGAGCGACAGAGAUCUGCAGGACCUGGAGCUGCGCUACCUUCUGCAGCGUCGCGACCCGCGCAUCACUCUACAUGCUGUGUUCGUCAGCAACGAUGUGCAUAUAAACACUUGGUUUGAUCCCUUCUGGAGAAAAAGGAUGCUGCUAACACUCAAGAGUAACCGGGUCAAAUCCAACCGUGUUCAUGUUCUCCUCGGACUGACUCUGCAGUUUUGCCUCACGGGAAACACCACGGUGGAGCCGACACUGUCGCUGUUUGUCAAUCCUUUUGGGGGAAGCCAUUCGGAGAGCUGGACCAUGCCUGUAGGUCAGCAUGGGUAUCCCGACUGGGAGAGGACCAAGCUGGAUAUCCCUCUGGACUGCUACAACUGGACUUUGACUCUUGGAAACAGGUGGAAGAGCUUUUUUGAGACCGUCCAUUUUUACCUGAGGAGUCACAGCAGGGACUCAGCGGGAGGGAACAGGAACAUGUCGCUGCACUACGAGCCUCAGGAGGACAGAGAGGUGUCCAGCAACAUCGGCUACAUGAAAGUGAACAGCAUGCAGCUGUUCGGAUACAGCGUGCACUUUGACCCAGAAGCGAUCCAGGACCUGAUUCUGCAGAUAGACUACCCGUACACUCAGGGAUCACAGGACUCGGCUCUGCUGCAGCUGGUGGAGCUGCGCCACAGGGUGAACCGCCUCUCGCCUCCAGGGGCUCUGCACAUGGAUCUGUUCGCCUGCCUGCUCCGCCACAGGCUCAAACUGUCCAGCACAGACGUGACCAGGAUACUCACUGCCCUGCAAGCUUUCAGUGCCAGACAACCAAACUACACAGAGUAUGAGGCCAAUAAACUGUGUAGUUAAUGGCCACUAUUUCAUGUUUUGUACUCUUUCCUUGCCACAGACAGACAUGAAUCCUCACUCAGCUGGAUCAUAUUGUGUUGAGUGUAGUAUGUUGUUCAAGAAUGUGCUGUGUACACAAUGUGCAAUUAAAUUUGAUGUGUUUGCUAUGA